AUGAUGAUGUCCGGACUGUGUGAACAGGACCAGGACCAGCUGCACUCAGACCUGGAGAAACUGUGGGUCCAGAUCCAGAUCCAAGUCCAUGGGAUCUUCAGACCAGACUUCAGACCAGACAUGCUCCGCGAGGCUGUACACUGCAUCUUGGACCAGGAGGAUUUGGACCGAUCCUGGUUGGACUACCCUGCAGAGCUGGUCCCAGUGUGGAGACCAAGUCGCACUUUACACCGACACAACAGACUCCUGGAGAGGCUGGUUCAGUCCAGACUUAGACCAGAGACACAGACUGAACCAAAGACCACGACUGAGACCGGACCAGAGACCGGAUUGUCCUCGUGUGUCAAACAGGAGUUGCUGAGAUUGGCCCGUCUCCUCCUCUCAGACCUGCUUUUCGUUUCGCGCACUCUGAUUGGCUCCUACCCAGGUCACAUGGACAUUUUGAACCACUUCCUGAAGCUUUACCACAACAGUUUCAGACUCCGCCUCCAUGAGCUCGCUGACGCCUCAUUGGAGGGCGACCGUGCCUACCUGCUGCUUUGGACCAAUCACAGCUACCGACAAGAAGUGCUUCUUCAUCCUGAGCUCAGACACAGACUGGACUCAGAUCUUGGUCCUUUACUGAGUCCUGUGGUUCUGACCAAUCUGAGGGACCAGCACCAGGUCCAAGUUCGGGUACCAGAUCAGAGAUCAGAUCAGCGAUCAGAUCAGCGAUCAAAGCAGAGACCGGACGACCAGAGACCGGACGACCAUAGACCGGACGACCGGACGACCAGAGACCGGACGACCAGAGACCGGACGACCAGAGACCGGACGACCGGGCGACCAGAGACCGGACGACCAGAGACCGGACGACCGGACGACCAGAGACCGGACGACCAAAGACCGGACGACCGGACGGCCAGAGACCGGACGACCAGAGACCGGACGACCGGACGACCAGAGACCGGACGACCAGAGACCGGACGACCAGAGACCGGACGACCGGAGACCGGACGACCAGAGACCGGACGACUAGAGACCGAACGACCAGAGACCGGACGACCAGAGACCGGACGACCAGAGACCGGACGACCAGAGACCGGACGACCAGAGACCGGACGACCAGAGACCGGACGACCAGAGACCGGAAGACCAGAGACCAGACCAGGUCUCAGGUUCCCCAGUUGA